AUGCCAAAGCGCAACCAACUACAACUUAGAAGCGAAAAAGCAAACCAGAAGCGUCACUCGGCUGAAUAUGUGUCAUCUAGUGGCGAAUCUGAUGACGAUGUGUGGGAGGAAAACGAGGCUAUGGAAACUGAAGCGGAGGCUGUGCAAGAGAAUAAGGAACCGUUGAAUUUUACGAACGAAGUUUUCGUCAAUGAUAUCGGCGAUCUCUUUGAGUUGUGCAAAGCCAUUUGUCCAGUAAAACACCUUAGUGUUUUGAUCUAUAUGAUUUUGAGGCAUUUUGGAAUGAAGUGGCGGGCUAUCAGUGAUUUUCUGUCACGUAUUGGAGCACAGACUAGUGUAACGGCUCAUAAAUGGACACAAAUUUUCGUCUCAGGAGAUUUAGAAGCAUUUGCGUCAGGAAAUAGAGGCGGAAGGCGCACACAAGGAAAUUUUGCUAAAAUUUUGCUUUGCGUGCACCUUAAAAUAUUCCGAUUCUGGGCGGAUGUAAAAGAAAUGUUCCUUUAA